CCUUAGCCAAUCAGAAAGUUGCUAUAAAAAUUUUGGUGCGUGGCGUCAGUUUCCUGUGGAAAGUCAUCGUGAGAGGAUGUGUAAUUGUAACCGGCUUCGACGAUUUUACUACGCAAUAAAAACAUUAUUAUCUGAUUACUGGUUCAGAUUUAAAAAUGAGAAAAGUUUCAAUAUGGACGCCAUCAUAUCUUUUCAACGAGAAGUUUUGCUUGUCCACUAAAGUGAUAAAAGUUCAAAAUAUGAAUGGACUGAAAUGACAAUAGAAUAAUAUUCGUGCCGAAAUUGUGAAAUCUGUUGCAUCAAUUUGUAGAAUACAUAGACAGGCAGAAAAGGAAAUGGCAAAUAAAUAAGCUGAAAUAUAAAACGAUAAUUAAUAAAAUGAACGAAGAUUGUGAUUGAUUGGAAUUCAAUCGUGAAAGAGAAAAAUUUGAAAGAGGACAAUGAAGAGUCGUCGUGGUGAGGGUGUUUGAGGGAAAAAAUUUUCGAAGCGGAAAGCACGAUGCCACCACGCUCGCGACCGGAAACAUUCGAACUGAUGGUCGAAGCCGAGAAGCCAUCCAAGUGUAUCAGAUUUCUACGUUUUCUACGUUUCCUGUGGAAGUUCUUCAGAUGCGUUUUUUCCCACGUAUCGUUGAUCUCAUUGGUUGUACUAUAUUGCUUGAUCGGCGCAUACGCUUUUGAAGCUCUUGAAGCCGCUCACGAAAAAGAGAUCAAGAAAAGCAUUAAACAUGUCAGAGAGAACGUUGCAGAACAACUAUGGAAGAUUACGAAAGAAGUGGAAGUUCUGAUUCGUGAAAAUUGGACGGACAGAGCACUGCGCGAAUUAAAGAGCUUCGAGAAUAACCUCGUGUGGAUGAUGGAGAAAGAAGGUUGGGAUGGGAGUGAAGGUGAAGAUGACAUCCAAUGGACAUUUGCUGGUGCUUUAUUUUAUUCCAUAGUGGUCAUCACCACCAUUGGGUAUGGUCACAUUGCACCGAAGACUAAGAACGGGAAAGUGGUAACCAUAUUCUAUGCCAUCGUUGGAAUUCCUCUCAUGCUACUCUGCCUCUCGAAUAUAGGCGAUAUUAUGGCCUCGAGUUUCAGAUUUUUAUACUGGAGGGUUUGCUGCUACAUAUGCACCAAACCACCAAAAAAAAGACGACCAAGAAGCCAUUUUGUUAGAUCGUAUUCCAUGCGACAACCAGGACGAUAUGGUGGAAGCAAAGGUGGUUUUCGAAGACCCAUCAGGGUAAGCCAGAUGUCAGUAGAUUCGGUUUUGUCUGAAAGUCUAGGAAGAUCAUCGUAUUUUGACAUGGAUUAUAAAUAUAAUCCUCGUCGAUACGAGGCUGGAGAAGAGAGAAGGACGAGUUCUUCUUAUCAAUUAUCUGGAAAUCCAAAUUUUGGAUUUAAAUCGGCAACAGUAUCCAGAUACUCUGAUUUUCCAAUAACGAAAUUGAACAAAGNCAGUUCCAAGAUGACAACGCAAUCAUUAGACAGGAAAUUGUUGAUGCGUUCAUCACAUGACAUUGAUCGUUCCUCGGUUUUAUGUAAUAAAUACGCCUUGGAUAAUUUGGAGAACGAAUUGCGACGGUGGCCAACUUCCGCCGGAAACACAAGUAACUAUGAUACGAGCAAAUCAAAAGAGGAGCCAGAGGCGACAGAAACUCGUGAAAAUAGUGAGAAACAAGAGCCAUUAAUGACGAGGUCGUUGCCCAGAAGAUGCUUAUCGAUGGAUGCUGCGACUAGUAACUACAGAAUGAGUCUGCCAUCCUCUUUACGGCCAUCAUCUAUUUAUUUGGAUUUAGAGAACUCGAGAAAGACUCAAAUUCCAAAAACCAGACGUUAUAGAAACAACUACCCUAUUGCUCGAUCGUACAGAAGGGACACAUUGCCAUCCGAUAUAAUGUCCUCAGCUGGAUUUCCUGUACAUAGACAAGUAUACGUAGACGAUUUUGAUUCGGAUUACGAAUAUUAUACUAACGAUGAUCAGGAAAGGCAGCAAAUAAAACCAGUACCAAUAUGGUUAUGCGUUUUCCUGGUGGUUAGUUACAUUUUUGGUGGCGCCUUCUUGUUUAGCGCUUGGGAACAUUGGCCAUUCCUCGAUUCUGCAUAUUUUUGCUUUAUUACACUUACCACUAUAGGAUUCGGCGACUUCGUACCAGCAUACAAACUGGACGCCCAUAAAGGAAUUGCGGUUUGCUCGUUGUACUUGUUAUUUGGAAUUGCUUUGCUGGCGAUGAGCUUUAAUCUGGUGCAAGAGGAGGUCAUCAACAACGUGAAGAACGUCGCAAAGAGGCUCGGGAUCAUCAAAGAGAGUGACGACGAGGAAGAUGCCGACGACUACGACGCAUACGACGUCGAAUACAACGAUGAGGUUGACAACGAACUCGAGGGUUACAUUCUCGAUACCCCUCGAUCUCACUCGAUGGCUAGAAACGUUCGCGGAAUUUCCGUCGUGUAACCAACUCUGACCGAAUUUCUUUUCAUUCACCGAUCCAAUUCUGUUUCCUUUUUUUUUCGCUAAUCCUUCUCUUUUCUUUUUUCUUUCUUUUAUUUUUUUUUCUUAUUUCUUUUCUUUUAUUUUCAUUAAUAUAGAUGAAUAAAAUUUUUUUCAUCUAGAAUAUUUACAUUAACCUUAUUAUAUUUUUCUAUGCUAAAUUUUAAUUUGCAAUCAAAUUGCAUUAAAGAACUUAUUAGAAAUUAAUUCUUUUUGAAUUGAAAAUUGGAAAUAGAGAAUAAGAUUUGGAUAAUCUAUCCAGUAAAUUGAUUUGAAAAAUUUUUUAUAAAGAAAAUGAAAAAGAAGUUUUUUUUUGC